CAAAUAUCUCCUCAUCUAUUUAUGUAAAGCGUAGAUUUCGUAGUAAAAUUUGGUCGAAAGCGCGUUUUUAACGGGCUCCCUUGUAUUGUAGAUAUUUUUUUUUGUAAACUCGCCGGCUUCGGUGUCGCGUCGGUUUUUAUUGUUUAAUUUUUCGAAUUUAUUGUUGUUGUCCCUUUCGAAUCGGCUAUGGAUGGUUUGCGAGUGUCCAGGAUUCCUUCGCCAGGAUGUGUUGCAAGAUACUCAAUAGAGCUGUUAAAUCGAACCAAAUUUAGCUAAGCUAAGGAAUUAGCUAAGCGUACAAAUACCAAAAAAACAUCAGAGAUGGGGAAUUCCUGCAGCAGCGGACAAGCUCACAAGGACAAGGAUAACAUGUCUCAGAGAUCUGAGGAAUCGGGAAGCUACCAAGUAAAAACGAGCCUGCCCACCGAAAAACAGCAAACGCUCCUGAACCAUGUGACGCCCCAUUCGGGCGUCAUCCUGGAACCCACUACUGCCGGGAAACCUCAACUGCUAUCGGGUAAUGCUCCAUCCAGUACUAGCAGUACUUUAGAGAAAAAAUCGAAUUACGCGAAAACCGCCAUAGGCGCCCUUGCCAGCGUCUCUGAUUCCAUGUCAUUAAGUUCCCCGCCGGGUAGCCAAAGCCCCAAGGACUUUGCCAAGUCCUACGAGGGCAAUUUACCGCAAGAAGUGACCGAUUUGUCGGAAAAUCUCCAGAACCUGAUAACGGGGAAAAUAUCGCAGACGAAAACCGUCCUGAAAAGCCGGAAAAUCGUCAUUUACGUCUGCGCGGCCGAUUCUCAAGAUUGCACCGUUGAAAAGGGAGCGCUUCACAACACGAUUUACCCGGAAUUAAGGGCGCAUUGCAGGUCCAAAGGGUACGAACUGCACAUUGUCGAUCUGCAUUGGAAAACUCUUUUGGAAAAGCAGCAAGACCACGAGUUUCCGGAACUUUGCAUCGGCGAAUUGACGAGACAAAUGGAAAUUGCCUACAUCAUACCGGUACUAUUUCUUAAUAACUCCUUAGGGACUCAGCUUUUGCCGAUUACUAUAGAGAGUACCGAUUUUAAAAUGGCCAUGGAUAGUGCGGAAAACCAGUCAGCUCAAGGAUUGUUAUCUAAAUGGUACACUUUAGACAGCGACGCCCAACCACCCUGUUAUAGACUUCGACCCAUAUCGAGCCACAUUCCGGGAUUCAAGGAAUCCUCCCUGGAAGAUCGAGAGAAGGCCUUCACCGAAUGGGCCACUGAAAUUGACAAAAUGCUCGCCGUGCUCAUCAACGUAUUUUCCCACGAACUCAGGGACACUUACUUGACCACAGUUGUAGAGCAGGAAGUGCACAACACCGUAUUCAUGAGCCAAGAGCUGGCCAAAAGGUGCGUUUGGUUAAACAGAGUCUACACGCCCACAGCCAAAACACCGGACAACAUGAGCCCUUGCGAAGCUGAAGCUCACAGGCGAUUAGACAUCCUGCAGAAAGAUCUAAAAAAUCAACUAGCCGAGAAACACAUCGUUCGGAUUCCGGUGAAAUUCGUCGAAGGAGGAAUCGACAUCAAAAUUCCGGAGCACGAGGAUUACAUCCUGACCGUGGUGCAUCACCUGAACAAACACCUCAGCGAUAUGGUGAACACCAUCAUCGAGGAACACCAGAACAAGGCCAUGUUGAGGCCCAGCUAUGGCAUCGAAGCUGCUCUAUUCGAAGAACUCAACCAACAGACGGCCUUCUGCCAAAAAGCGGCUCAAUGCAGUACCAACAGGGAAGCUCUCGUCAACGAUGUUAAAGGGUACAUCAAAGGAGACAGUUCGAAACCACUAGUGAUCUACGGACCGAGCGGUUGCGGUAAAACCACGCUGUUGGCGAGAGCUGUGCAAUGUUGCCAACAGUGGUUACCGGAAGCUUUCCUGAUUGUUAGAUUUGUAGGGAUCAGCGCUCAAUCGAGCACCGUCGAGCAGCUGUUGAGCUCCAUAACCAACCAAUGCUCCAUCCUGAAUUACGGUCACAAAUGCUAUUGUAAUCACAAUAUAGAGACCUAUCAAAAGAUUCUUCCGAACCUGCUGACGGCCAGCUGCCUGCAAAGACCUCUGGUGAUAGUCCUAGACGGUUUGGACCAAGUUAGAUCGUAUAGCUCGAAGAGCAUAGACUGGCUGCCCACCGUGCUGCCGGAUAACAUUAAGCUAAUCAUCUCUGUAUCAGAGAACAGUGAGAUGCUGGAGAAAAUCAACGAGAAAAUCGACCGGAAUUGCUUCAUCCAGGUGCCGGUGCUCGGCGAGAAGGAGGCCAAAGAGGUGCUGAUGUCCAGCGUCAUGCAGUACAAUCAUAGCGUUAAUUCUAAAGUGCAGGACUGCGUUUUGAAAUCUGUCCAGGAGUGUACCAUACCGUUGUAUUCCAAGGUUUUAGCUUGGCAAACGUCCUGGUGGGUGGACAAGGAUCACGAAAUCGUUCCCAAAGGGGACGUCAACGAUCAAUUGCACCUUAUGCUAGAGGAAUUGGAAACUAUCCUGGGCGUUAAUCAAGUCCAGCACGCUCUGGCUUUGUUAACUUGCACCAAGCACAGUUUAACCGAUUCGGAAAUGAUCGAUUUGCUGGCCUUCGACGAAAUAUUCCAUACUGAUACCACCUACGUGUCCUGGGCACCGGCUUGUUUUAUGUGGUCUCGUUUGAACAAAUAUUUAGCGCCGUUUCUUCAUUGGACACAAACCGGGAAUGCGUUAGGUGUCCAGUGGAAGGACAGCCUGCUGAAGAAGGCGGCCACGAAGAGGUUCCACGAGCACAAGAAGUGGGCUCAUCGCAUGAUAUACGACUAUUAUCAGGGUCGAUGGUGGGACGAAAAAUCGAAGGAUUUGCAGGCCCGGCUGACAGUGCAAGUGAACAAAUUAGAGAAAUGCUACAACAGACGCCGUUUGGACGAGCUCCCUUACCAGCACUUCCAUUUGCAUUCCGACAUAGAGAACUCCCCCUACCUCACCGACUCCUCGUGGAUCUACGACAAAGUCUGCGGCUCCAACUGCUACCAGAUCCUCGAAGACAUCAACCUCGGCCACGCCGCCCCCAAUCCUCUCGCCCAGGUCCUCAAGGACUUCAUAGAAACGCACGCCACCAUCUUGAACUACGACGGGGUGCAGUUCUACUCGCACAUGUACAAGUACCUCAGCGACAGGAUCGACGGGAACCAGCUGAGCUUGGAAGACGGGGACGGCUUGUCGAGGUUGUACGAAGCGUGCAAGGAACCCCCCGUGUUGUCGUUGAUGGCCGUAAACGACGGGGACGCGGAGCCCGAGGGGGAUGUCGAAGCAGGAACGGUGCAGAAGACUUUCGAUUUGGUCGUACGGCUGCCGAAGACUGAUCAAUUCAUCGUGACUGUGUCCACUGAUAGCAAAGAGCUCUGCGUUUGGGAUGUCAUAAAUUGCAGGCCAGUGAGGAUACUACAGGGAGUUCCGAAUCCCAUCAACUUGAUCCCUAUUGACCAAUUAAAAUGCAUAGUGCUGUGCAGGCGAGAAUUACGAACGUUCGAUUUGAAUUCUGGUAGUUUCCUAACGAAGCUAAAGGGCGUCAUGAACCAAAAAAUGCCCUUCUACGGGCUGCACGACCAAUCCCAUUUAGUGGCGCUCAGCAGGAAUAGGAUGUACAUAAACCUUAUGAAUUUAGAGAGCGGCGAUUGCGUGACUACUUUUAAAGCUGGAGAAGACCGGUUUCUCAAUUCCCUGCUGGUUUCUGGCGAUGGAAGAGUCCUCGUUUGCGGCGACGAAACUCAGAAACCAUUUCCACUGCUAGUAUGGAAUCUUAAGUCCAAAAAGCUGCUGUACGAUCUCAGAAUUCCCCAUCAUCAUUUUAUCACCGCUUUAUCAGCCAUUACUUAUGAAGGCAAUUACGUCUGCUGCGUGUGCUACGAAAUAUCCGAACCCAAUCCGAAUUUUAUCGUCGUCUACGACCUGCAAAGCGGCACUUUGUUCAAGAAAUGGAAGCCUUCCUGCAACACUGUAUCCUUGGAGAUAAGUUCCCAAGGCGGCUGCGUGAUAUCCGGUUUGGAAGACGCCAGGAUCCUCGUCUGGGACCUCAUCACCGGCAAUUGCAGAUGGUCCUUGAGCGGUCACACGGCGCCUGUAUCUUCCUUAAAACUUGAUCCAACUGGAGUUUUCUGCCUGUCCAGAGACCUAGAAUGUCGAGACAGAUCCAUAAGAAUAUGGGACCUAAAUAAAGGCGGUUUGAUAGCGGUUUUCACGCCCAAAAAUAAAAUCACAGCCUGCGAGAUAACCUCGAACGGGAAAUUCGUCGUCCUGGCAUUGGAGGGUUGCAGGAAUUUGGUGACACUAGAGUUGAGAGGUCCUGGGGUUCCCGAGCGGCCGGAAAGCGGGACUUACGGUGACGAUGAGCACGCGGGGAAAACCUUCGUGUUGCCGGAAAACUGCUGACCAUCGGAAUAAGGGAAUUGCAGUUAGUUUGGUGCUGGAUUUUGUUGAAGUUCCUGCGUUUUGGUAGCCAAAAGAGAGACCAAGAUGGAUUUUCUGGUGGUAACCGGAAAAUUUUCUCGUUGCCCAACUGAAUAUUUACCAUAUUUGCAGGGCUGUUUGUGUACCUUAACUGUUUAUUUUUCCGUAGAGCCUCUUUCCCCUGAAAGAGCCUUUUGUUAGAGGAUGAAAUGCCCCUGCACGUUUGGUAUUAAAUGCAUUUUAUGAACAUAACUUCCCGGUGUACAGAUGUCCAAUAUUCUCUAAUUAACCCAUGGCGAAAGUAUUUAAUGAAAUUUGUACAACUUGAUCGCACUGUUAGAGAGAUUUUUUUUAUUAGGUAAACAAAUUGGGUGUUUCUAGUAAAAUUUCCUUCAAUACUUUGUCAAUGAACCUGUGUAUUUAAAAAAUAUUUAUCAUAAGUAUUGUAAUUAUGAAAAUAGAGUCAGUUGUUCCUACGAAGAAGUUAGAUUUUUUCUAAAAAUUCUACGAAGAAUAAAUUAAUGAUGAAAAUUGUUUGUUUACAGCAGGAAAAGCGGGUUAUGCUAUUACUCCUCUAACCCAUCCGAAUUUAUACACAAAACCGAAUAGUGAGAAGCCAAAUUUUUUGAUGAUUUAUAGUAUAGUUUAUAAAAAAAACUUUUUACAGUUUAAAGUAGAAACAACUGACGCUAUAUCGGUCAAUUUAUAAUUUAUUAGAGCGAUCUGUGCUGGUUUCAGAUCCUUUAGAUAACUAAUUUACUUAAAGAAAAACAUUAAUGAUGUUUCACAAAUAAUUUAUGAUUUUUAUCAGUCUGAAAAUAUUCUGUUAAAACUGCUGGAUUCAGAUAAACAGAAAAAAUUUUCGACAUUUACUAAAUUCACUUAUUUAUAAAAUUAUGGAAUUAUUUGCAAUAUCUUGAAUUAUCUUUGGUAUUUACUUAUUUAGAUAGGUCACAUAUGAAGAUUAAAAAACGUACCUAUUAAUAUUACAAGGGGUUAAUAAAUUAUUAAAAAAUAAUAAAGGGGGUUUGGUCCCUUGUAAAACCCCUAAUUUCUAUCAAUAUUGCCUUCUUUCCUAUAUGUAAAUCUUCUAAUUUUUAUCAAUAUCGCCUUCUUCCCUAUGUAAAUCCCCUAUAAUUUCUACAAAUAUUUCCACUUUUUUUAACAACCUCAUAAAAAUAUUAUUAAUUUAACAUUAACAAUCUGGAUAAACGUACAAACUCUUAUAUAAGUAUAAAAUAAUUUUAUUUACA